AUGAACACCAGUUGCAACUCCAGUUCCAGCUGGAGCUGCAGAUCCGACCAUGCGAUCUACAGCAACUACCUGGAGCACUCGAGGAUCGACCUGCAGGCGGAGGACGCCAAUGUGUAUGUGGCCAAGGCCCUGCGGCUGGUCAUCGAGCAGGUCCUGGCCCAACUGAGCACCAUCCUGGUGGUGACCAUCGCGACGAGGGACCCGAACACGGCCCAGUGGUUCGAGUACAUGACGAACACCCUGAUGGACUCGUGGCGAACGGUGGCGGUGCAGCUGCUCCGCUUCCGGCCGGAUUUGGUGGCCAAUCCGGUGGCCGGAAGGAAGCGGGUCAACCUGCUGAUGGUGGACUCCUACGGAGGGCUACUGGACACCAACAUCACGGCCAACAAUGCGGACUUCGAUGACCCGGACUACUACUUCAUCUUCCUGCAGACGCGAGAUCACCUCAUUGCCACGGAACUGCAGCUGAUCCUGGACCAUUGUCUGGCCCACUUUUGGCUGCACUGCAACGUGAUGAUCCAGACCGCCCAGGUGGAGGUGUUGGUCUACACCUUCUAUCCGUAUACGGCGGACAGCUGCCAGAGGGCGCAUCCCGUGCUGGUGAACACCUUCGAUGGCCGGCAUUGGGUGCGGAGUGCGAAGAUGUUUCCGGACAAGCUCAGCCAGAUGCACGGCUGUCCUCUGACCGUGCUCACCUGGCAUCAGCCGCCAUUCGUGGAGCUCGUCUACUCGAAGGCCAACGUUCAACGGGCAACUGGCUUCGAGAUCCAGCUGGUGGAGCACCUGGCACGCCGGAUGAACUUCAGCCUGGAGUUGGCCAAUAUUUCGCUGCUGCGGCCGGAUGCAUACCGCCUGGCGGAUGGCGCCAGCGAAGGACCCAUGGAAAGGCUCCAGCAGCGCAGUGUGAACCUGAGCUUGGGUUAUUUCCGGAGGACGGCGCGCCGGAAUAGGCUGCUGACCACGCCCAUGUCCUACUACUCGGCCAAUUUGGUGGCCGUGCUGCAGUUGGAGCGCUAUCGUCUGGGUGCCUUGGCCCUCCUCGUCUUUCCCUUCGAGCUACCCGUUUGGUUGCUCCUGCUCCUGGCCCUGCUGAUCCACCUGGCUAUCCAUUUGCCACGAAGGAGGAGUAUUCAAGGAGAAGGAGGAGGAGGACUGCAGGUGGUGGCCCUGCUGCUGGGCGCCUCCUUGGCCCGCCUGCCACGCCCCUGGCGGCACCGCCUCAUCGCCGCCCACUGGCUGUGGGCGAGUAUACCGUUGAGGAUCUCCUACCAAUCUCUGCUGUUUCACCUGAUCCGCCUGCAGCUGUACAGCACACCAUCGUUUUCGCUGGAACAGCUGCUGGAGGAGGGUUUCCAGGGCAUCAGUACGGCCAAUACCCAGCGAUUGCUGCUCGAGAUGCCGCAGGUGGCCCGCAAUCCGGAUAGGUUUCACUCCCUGGACACGCCCUCCGAUUGGGACGUUCUGAGUGCCCUCCAGCGGAACCGCAAUCGCAAAUUAUUCGCCGUGGUCAAUCAGGAUAUUACGCACUCCUCCGGCCAACCCGAUGCCUACCACGUGGUCAAGCAGACCGUGAAUGUGGAGUACACCGGAAUGUACAUGCCCAAGCACUCCUUUCUCUACGAGAAGAUGGACGACGUAAUCCGGCGUCUGGAUGCCGGCGGUUUCAUCCUCGCCUGGCGCCGCGCCUCCUUCGCCGCCGUUCACCGAAGGGAGCAAGUGCCGCAGACCAGCCGGCGGUCCAUCAACCACGCCAAGCUCUCCGGAAUCUACAUGGUCAUGGCCGGAAUGUACCUACUGGCGGGCAUUGUUUUCGCCGGAGAGCUCUUCCUUCGGCGGAGGGACUGGAAUGUCCCAAUAUUCUGGAAUAUUAUAAAUAUAAAAUCAGCUUCAUCUUGA